AUGACUUCCAAACCGCCAGGAUCAAGCUCUAAGUCGGAUAAUGAAGGAGAUGAGGGAUUUAAACGAACAGGAUCAUUUAGAAAAAUAUUACCAGGAACCUCCUGUGGUGAUUCUCAACUCAAUACGUCUAUUAAAAUGAUUGACCGUCCAAAUGUUGCACAGAACAAUAUGGAUUAUGCUGUCUAUCUACGAGAAUAUAGUAUACUUUCAGAGUACAAACUGAUGCAAACACAAGAUUUGAAAGGAGUAUAUGUAAUACCUUCUGCUCAAAAUCCCUUUUUGUGGUUUGGAGUAUUAUUUGUACGACAGGGUAUGUACCAAGGAGGUGUCUUUAGAUUUAUAAUCACGUUACCUGAUAUUUUUCCCGAUGGUGACUGUCCAAAAAUUACAUUUAAAACAAAAGUCUUCCAUCCAUUAAUUCAUGAAGAAACUGGAGAAUUUAGCACAAGCGCUGGUUUUUCUGAUUGGAAAAAAAGUAACCGAGUAUUUCACCUAGUGCAAUUUAUUACCAAAGUAUUCAAUAAAAUCGAUCCUAAGUUGAAAGCAAUAAAUGAAGAAGCUUAUAACUUAUUUGAAAAUAAUAUAGAAGAAUUUCGUAAAAAAGUUAAACAAUGUGUAAAAGAUAGUUUGGAUCAUGUUUAUGACUCUCCGGAAACGGAUGAUGCGCACUAUCUUAAAUUUAGCCCAUGGGAUCCGGAAAUUCACGAGCCGAUAAGACAAAAAUUAUAUGAAUCAAGACAACAACAACCGCUGGAUCCUGAAAAAUCACCUAGAGGUUAUUCUUGGGUACAACCAGGCUCUCUGAAACCUCUAUCUAAAUCAGAAGAAGAUCUUAGAUAG